GUCACCGCCGAGCUCUUCCUGCCGUUACUGCCAACAGACAGGGAGAGUUUAAAGAUCAACACAGCCGGACCGACAGGAUGAUGCUGUGUGUAGCUGCGUGUGUGUUGGCUCUCUGCGGCCUCGUCCACACCGGGCCAGUGUCUAUCCGGAGACUCUCCGGUGUCCCACACCCAAAGCUGGACCCUGAAGUGCACAUGAACAUCUCUGAGAUCAUCAGGUAUUGGGGUUACCCUGCAGAGGAACAUGAGGUCCUGACGGAGGACGGGUACAUCCUGACAGUCAACAGGAUCCCACAGGGACUCAAACACACCACAGGCGUGCGCCCGGUGGUCUUCCUGCAGCACGGCCUCCUGGCCGCAGGCAGCAACUGGAUCACCAACCCCCCCGACACCAGCCUGGGCUUCGUGCUGGCCCACCACGGCUACGACGUGUGGAUCGGGAACAGCCGGGGGAACACCUGGUCCAGGAGGCACCAGACCCUCAGCCCAGACCACGAGGACUUCUGGAGGUUCAGUUAUGAUGAGAUGGCUCUGAAGGAUCUUCCUGCCGUUAUAAACUACAUCCUGAAGGUGACGGGUCAGGAUCAGAUCUACUACAUCGGACACUCUCAGGGAACCACCAUAGCAUUCAUAGCGUUCUCCACGCUGCCAGAACUGGCCAGUAAGAUCAAGAUGUUCAUUGGUUUGGCUCCCGUAGCAACCGUGGCGUUCACCUCCAGCGCCAUGACCAAACUGUCUGUCCUGCCCGACUUCCUCAUCACGGACCUGUUUGGUAGGCGGGACUUCCUGCCCCAGAGUCACGUGAUCGAGUGGUUUGCAGAACACGUGUGUGCGAAGCUGGUGCUCAGCGAGCUGGUGUGUGGAAACAUCUUCUUCAUCCUGUGUGGCUUCGACGUCACAAACCUCAACAUGACUCGCAUACCGGUUUACACCGAACACUGUCCUGCUGGGACCUCGGUCCAGAACAUGAUCCACUGGGCUCAGGCCGUUCACGGAGGGAAGCUGAUGGCUUUUGACUUUGGAGCUGCAGAAAACAUGAAACACUACAACCAGUCCACUCCCCCUCUGUACCGCGUCCAGGACAUGAAGGUUCCCACUGCUCUGUUUUCAGGGGGACAGGAUACAUUGGCGGACCCCAAAGACAUGGCAAUCCUUCUCACUCAGGUGCCUAACCUGGUCUUCCAUAAGCACAUUGAACACUGGGAACAUCUGGAUUUUAUUUGGGGUCUGGAUGCUCCUAAGCAGAUGUUCCCCUCCAUCCUGAAGCUGCUGCAGCAACAAGAACACCAGUAGAGGGCGCCACUGAGGGAGAGUGUGAGAAUAUACACGUUUUAACUACAAUCUGGGGACCACUGCCUUAACUACCAUCAGAGGACCAUGUGUGUGUGUGUGUGUGUGUGUGUGUGUGUAUCUCUGUGUGUGUCUGUGUGUUUGUCUGUGUGUGUGUGUGUUUGUGUGUGUCAACUGUUUUUAUCUGAAACUAAAAAUCAAAAUAGUGAUAUGUCUUAAAUUCAAAUAAGCUUUAUUAGCAUGAACAAAAGUAAAAGUACUCAUCAUGCAGAAAGGCUCCGUUAUACUCCAGGUGAUAAUUGAAAAUUAUGUUCUUUCUUUUUUUUUUAAAACAUUACAUGUAGGUAGACUUGUACAGUUUUGGGGUGACAUUUCUGAAAAUGUUCAGCACCCUAAACACAAAAUGUCAUGCUUUAAUGAAUGAAUGAGUGAACAUAUCAUCUCGACUAAUAUUACAGAUCAUUAUAUCAGCGUGUUUUUAUCACUAAUUAACUCAUGUAAGAGCAUUUUAAUGUUGUGGAGACAGUUUUAGAUACUUUGUGUACUGCUUGAUAGACUCGUGGUAAAGUACUGCAUCAUAUCCUGUUUUUAAUGUGAAUGUAACUAAAGCUGUCAGACAGUAAGAAGUAUAUUUCCCUCUGAGAUGUAGUGAAGUUUAAAGUACAGGUACCUCAAAGUUGUACUCAAGUUCAGUACUUGAGUAAAUGUACUUUCAACCACUGAAGACUGUGUUUACUGCUCAUUAGCACAUUAGCAUGUAACCUGCUGCACCUGGAAACAUCCUGAAGCUGUAACUUUAAACCUGAUUUUAUUUCUGAUUAACUGUUAAUGUUUCAUUAAACCAUCAGGUGUGUCAGCUGGAA